GCUAUUCCUCUCUAAAGAGCGCCGGACGUGACGCGCGGGCCAAAAUAGCACCAAAGGGGCCGGAGCGGCCGGUGAGCGUGUCUUGGUAUCAAGCCGGAGUGAUUCUCCGCACGAGGCUAAGUCGUACGGAAUGGUUACGUCCGCUGGCUCUAGGGACCGUCUCUGAAGAGUCUGCCUUGGAGGGAAACGGAGGCCGGCGGGAGGGUUGGGGGAAGGGACCCGGGCCUAGAACAACUGCUGACUAAUCGGCGGGCGGCGGCGGAGGGGGUGGUGCGCCGGCCGGUCGGCAGAGGUCACGCGCCCGACUGCGAACAAAAUGGGCUCCGGGCGCUCGCGCCGUGGCGGGAAGUUAGAGUCCCGACUCCCAGGCGGGAGCCCCCCGCGGGCUUCCGGGGGCGGGGGGCGCGCUCCGCAAAGGGGAAACUGAGGUCCAGGGAAUUUGGGUACUUUUCCUAAAGUCACAAAGCUGAGUCUGACCUACACCUUGGGACCCCCAUUCUCUUCAUCACCCGGAAGACUCUUACCCGUCUUUAUCUUCCCAUUCUGUCCUCCUGGCUUCUCAGUAAGCACACACCCCGAAGACCACCCUUGACCACCUUCAGCCCAGCUAUGCCUGCCAGAGGCCCCCCUGGCCUACUGUCACCAGCGCUGCCUCUCGCCUCCUCGGUCCUGAUGCUGCUCAUGAGCAGCUUGUGGCUGGUGGGGGCUGGCCCCAGCCUUGCCCUAGCCCCAGAGCUGCUGCUGGACCCUUGGCAAGUGCACCGGCUGCUGACCCAUGCCCUGGGCCACACGGCCCUACCCGGCCUGCUCCUGAGCCUGCUGCUCCUGCCUACACUGGGCUGGCAGCAGGAGUGCCACCUGGGCACACUGCGGUUCCUGCAUGCCUCUGCCCUGCUCGCCCUGGCCACCGGGCUAAUGGCCGUGCUGCUGGCAGGCCUCGGGGUGUCCAGUGCAGCCGGUGGCUGCGGAUACAUGCCUGUCCACUUGGCCAUGCUGGCGGGGCAGGGUUGUCACCCUAGACGGCCCCAUGGGGCACUGCCACCGCGGCUGCUGCCAUGGCUGCUGCUCGCCCUGACGCCGCUGCUCAGCUCCGAGCCACCCUUCCUACAGCUCUUCUGCGGCCUCCUUGCUGGCCUGGCCUAUGCAGCUGGGGCUUUCCGGUGGCUGGAGCUCUCCGAGCGGCGACUGCAGGCGCUGCAGGAGGGCGUCUUGUGCCGGGCCCUGGCAGGGUGCUGGCCACUCAGGCUUCUUCCCCCGACAGGCAGCCUGGCUAAGCUGCCUGUCACCCAUCCUGCUGGAGUGAGGCCUCCCAGCCCCGGACCUCCUUACAUGGCCUCCUCUAGCCUCUGGUUCCGCAGUGAAGGCUCAGCCCCACUCCCGGCAGGCCUGGGGCCUGCGCAGCCAACCUGGGAAGGCUCCUCAGAGGUGGGCCAGGCCUGGGCUGGGCCCAGCUUCCCCGCAGGGACCCAGCUGUGGGCGGCCCUGGAUGAGCAGAUGCUACAGGAGGGGAUCCAGGCCUCGCUCCUUGAGGGGCCAGCCCAGGGUCCUGAGAGCCCACUAUGGCUGGCCAAGUCCUCCGUUUCCUCUCUGCGGCUGCAGCAGCUGGAGCGCAUGGGCUUCCCCACGGAGCAGGCAGUGGUGGCACUGGCAGCCACAGGCCGCGUGGAGGGUGCCGUGUCACUGCUGGUCGGGGGGCAGGUGGGCGCCGAGGCCCUGGUGACUGAGGGGAGGGGCAGGCCUGCCCACCCCGAGGGCCCUGGGCCCCCCUAGCACAGGCAGGCCCUCAGGUGACUAGAGGCCUGGCCUGUGGGUAGGUAGCCCCAGCCCCUGCCCUGUGUGCUCCGAGUCAGAGUGGGAUGUAGGGGCACCCCUGGGGGCAGGAGAGGCCCCUCCAGCUCCCCACCCUCGUACUGUUUAGAAUAAAAACCAGUUCACUUUUCAA